AUGACGGAACCAUAUCUUUUACACUGUUGCCAUUUCCAGUGCCAACGGCGCAUACUGACGCGCGCGCGUCCCGAAGAGUACAACAGUGCUACCAACUCAUCGAAUCCGUCUCCGAAAAAACAAGCGCGAGUCGUGCUAAGCCCGGAGUCGAUGUCGAGAAAAAGAACGAGGUUAGAGGACCAAUUGUCGGACAUACAGUACAUCGACUGUAAUACUCCGGAAAACGUUGUUUCCACGACAACCGCGAUGGUGCACGAUGUGCCGGACAGCCCCGUAAUAGAGGAGAAAUUCCUGGUCAACUACCAACCCGAGAAUAAAUCCCCCAGAAACUCCGAGAACCUCGACAACAAACGACAAUCACUUAACUUGGAGUCGAGCUCGCGAAAGCACCCAACGAUACCGAAAUCGCUCACGGAAUCGGACGUGACGAAAAAGUACUUGGGUAUGGAGAGUUUGCUGGCCUCCCCCACCCCUCUGUCGCCGGAUUACAAGCAACUGGGGGAAUCCAGUGCCAACACAACGCCGGAAAUGUCCCCGACUUCCCCCAGACCGCCUAGCUCGCCUAACUACGAAAACAUCCUGACCACGAUUAGUAUAACGUACAAAUCGCCGCCUAGAAGUGCGGCAACGUCGCCUGCGAAAGGUACGCCACCCGUAGUUAACGUACACGAAAAUGUGACUAAAGAUGGUGAUCGCGUACAAAUUCCGACAUCGACGGCAUCACUGCCAAUUCGGGAAGCCACCCAGCCCGAAACUAAAGAAGGGUUUUUGCAGGCCGAAAAAACUUUGGGCGAGUAAAAUUUUCACUUGUAAAUUAUGUCCCAACAGAGUUGUAUCCUCGC